UGGUGUGCUUUUUCUGUGUCGGUUACUUGAGUUGUUCGUGUGGCUAUUUUCCGGGAAAAAUUCAAAUUUAUUUGAAAUAUUGAAAUAAACCGUUGAAGUAUGGAAAUACGGUUGUAUAAAGAUUGUCUCAAAGGCUGAAAUAAAUGAGAAAACGAAGGUGCUUUGUGAAAAAUUUAUAUUAGUAAUAGCUCGAAAACCGGAAAUUGUGUGAAAAUUUUCAUACUCAGCUAAAAAUUCCAGGUGUUUGAUGUCGGUUUUGAAUAGCAUUUGUGCGAAUGGUAUUACAUUCAUGACAUGAAAUAUUGUUCAGAUAACAUAUAAAGUUGAAAUAAAUAACAAAAUAAAAACCUCGAUGAUUGUGCAAAUUCUGACUCUUUUGUUAAUAAGUUUUCGAGUCUGUUGAAUUUGCUAGCAACCACUGACGAAUAAUAGAGUGAAUGUUCCAAUACGAUACUUGAAGCGAGUACAAUUGCUGUGAAGUUAAGCGUCGCGGCGUUCGUUGGCAGCGCGCUGCGUGUCGGCGUGUCGAGAGCGUUUGUGUAUGUGUGUGUUCGUGGUAACCACUAUUUCGUACCUGGAAUUACCUGUUUAUGUAAAAAUAAAUUGAGUGAAAAAAGUACAUACAAGCAUUGUGGAAAGAAAUGAGCGAAGCAGACAUGUGAAACGAGUUUAAAAAAUAAAUAAAUUAAUAUCACGAGAAGAGAUCCAACUUGCAAACAACUUAAUUAUUAAGUUUGUGGUGUCUAUAUGAUGGCUAGUUGCUUUUGCCUUUGAGCUAAUCUGCCUUUAUCGUACCUAUCAUUGUGUAAAUAUACAUACAUACAUAAUCUAGUACAAAUGCAUGUGUGUUUGAACUAUCGUGUGCCUUAUUCCACAGUAUUUUCGUGUUUGUUUAUAGCGCCGUUUCCAUGAAAAUGCAGCCCCCGCCUACAACAACAGAAACAAAAUCACAAAACGUAAUACCGAACAAUUCUGGAGCUUCGAUUUCGAUGCGACGACGUCAGCCAUAACUAUAACAACAAUAAAUGUAACAGUUAAAAUAAGAAAAUAAGAAUAGCCGUUGGAAAGUUUGGUUGAUGAAAUAUACGAGAAAUAUAUACACAAUAUGCUUAAAGUGAUUAAAUAAAGCGGUUCAAAGUAGAAAGAAAGAAGUGAAAACUGAGGAGAGAGAUUCGGAGGUGCUCAAGUGUCGGCAGAGUUGCUGAUCGUACAUUGAAAAGAAAGGUGAAUGAAUAAGAAAUACUGGGUGACUCAUUCACAAUAAAUUAAAUGUGUGCACCUAAAAAAGAUCACGUAAAGCUAUUUAAAUAAUAAAAAGUUGUAGUUAGAAUAACUCAAAGUAUCUUCGGUUUAAUUCGGUUGCCGUGCUCACGGAGUAAUGCUACGAAAUGUUGCCACAACAUUGUCAAUCACAACAACAAACACAAAUUUAUCACCCGCAACAGUAUCAGCAGCAGUCGCAGCGCCCACGAAAGCAUCUAUGUCGAAAAUUACACAAAUAUCAGACGCUAGCUUUUGCGUUAGCACUGGUCAAUUUGCAAACUGCCGUAUUAGUCUACGCUGCUUCGAGUACGUCCCUUUCUGCGCUAUCCACAAGUCCCAGAGAUGACCCUUUUACGCGGUUUUUCAUACCCGCCCACACGCACAACGCUGAAAAUAGUUUAACUAUGCCGGCUAACCCAAAUUCAGUAAGCCCACUUGCGCGACUAAGACGUUCGCCAAAUCCUGCUCCUGAAUCGGUUAGCUCGCUCUAUUCGGCCUUACCGGCAGCGCGUACUGGCAAUUCUGCCAUCUAUUUCGGGAUGUCGCCAUCAUCGCUGGCGGCACAUGAGAAUAGUGUCAAUCAGAUCGAACAAUAUUCGGAUAAUCGUAAGCCGGCUUUUAAAAACUGUGCCAGCUACAAACCAUCCGUGAAGGAAGAGAGACCCGAAAACACUUUCGUUAUAAUGGUACAGGCUGAGGAUCCUGACUCGGAUCAAGAAAUAAAAUAUAGUCUUGUGCAAUCGGCAGCUGAAAGAUCGAAAUUUCAUAUUGAUCCUAAAACGGGUGUAAUUGUAACAGCGCACAUAUUCGACCGUGACGAACCGAUAUACGAAAAGGCGGUGUACGUGACUGUGCAGGCAACGGAUAACGGGCGACCACCUUUGGACGAUGUGUGCACAUUUAAAGUGACCAUUGAAGAUAUCAAUGAUAAUCCACCAGUCUUCAAUAAGGCGCGUUAUGACGAAUCCAUGUCAGAAGAUAAGCAGCCUGACGCAAUUGUGAUGCGCAUCUCGGCCAGUGACCUGGAUGACGGCAACAAUAGUAUUGUCGAAUACGAAAUCCUACCCGAUCGCGAUCAUUUGUACUUUAAAAUCGACAAAGCAGCAGGCAUCAUUUAUCUAAACCGUCCCAUUGACAAACGUCCCGGCCAACACUACACAAUCAACGUACGUGCCUACAAUAGCAUUGUACCAGAUCCGCCGCAAGAUGCACAAAUUGAAGUGCGUAUACGCGUUGUAGAGUCGUCAAAGAAGCCGCCGUCCUUUGUUGAUCCCAUCGAAGAUCCCAUUUACCUGAAAGAGGACUACAUGAACUAUUCCACGCCCAUUGUUACGCUGCGUGCAGUUUCAAAUGUUCCCGAUAAACCGGAAGUGAUAUUCGAGUUGAUUACAGGGCGCACUGAGCAGACGAAUAGUAAAAAGACGUUUGUCUUCGAUCAGACUGGCACAACCGUAACAAUUGGUUUGGGUAAAUUACUCGAUUAUGAAUCCGUGACAGAGUACACAUUAACAAUGAGUGCGCGCAACACCUACGAUUUGGUGGCAGAGCAUGUGGUGAAAAUCAAGGUUGAGGACGUAAACGACAAUAUACCAUAUUUUACUGAAGUGAAAAAGGGCACACUGCUCGAGAAUGAGCCACCGGGAACGCCUGUGAUGCAGGUACGUGCUUUUGAUAUGGAUGGUACCGAAGCGAACAAUAUUGUGUCCUUUGAGUUGGCCGACAAUCGUGAAUAUUUCAAAAUUGAUCCGCACACUGGCAACAUAACUGCGUUGACCACGUUCGAUCGUGAGGAACGUGAUUUCUACAAUGUGAAGGUGAUUGCGAGUGACAAUUCGCCAUCGAGUUUGUUCAAUAACGGCGAACCGAAUAGGGGCCAACAAGUUUUUCGUAUCGAAAUUGCGGACAAGAACGAUCACAAGCCAAUUUUUCAAUUACCCGAAUAUGUACCCGAUCGUUUGCCAGAGGAUGCCAAUAUUAAUUUCGUUGUUAUUGAGGUAAUGGCAGAAGAUGAGGACAAUGCGUCACAAAUUCUGUACACAAUUGAAAGUGGAAAUGUGGGAAAUGCAUUCAAAAUCGAGGAGAAGACCGGCACGAUCACCGUGAACCAGCGGCUGGAUUAUGAAAAUAUUACCGAAUAUUUGCUGAAGAUACGUGCCUUUGAUGGCAUUUAUGACGAUUAUGCGAUUGUUAAGAUAGAAAUUGCGGACGUUAACGAUAAUCCACCAGAGUUUAAGGAGAAAUAUUCGAAAACCAUACAAGAGGAAAUGGUCUAUGACUAUUGCAUAUUGAAUAUUGAAGCCUACGAUCCGGAUAUCAAAAAUCGCUCUGCAGAUCAACACAUUAAAUAUUCGGUGGUGAAAGAGGAGCAAAAGAAAAUGCUGACAAUUGACAAUGAAGGCUGCUUAAAGUUGAUAAAGCCGCUGGAUCGCGACCCACCAGAUGGCCAUAAGAGUUGGCAGGUGCUGAUAGCGGCAGUUGAUGAAGAUGGCUUCGGUUUGAAAUCGGUGACGCAUGUGAUAAUAAAUCUACAAGACAUCAACGAUAAUGCGCCCUUCUUGGUGAAUACGAUGCCAGUUAUUUGGCAAGAAAACCGAAACCCCGGACAAGUUGUGCAGUUGCAAGCGAAUGAUUAUGACGAACCGCAGAAUGGGCCGCCAUACACUUACGGCAUCGAUAGUGAGGCGUCCGCAGAUAUUAAGGCGAAAUUUAGCAUCGACAAUGAUUAUCUGUUCGCAAAUGUGCAAUUCGAUCGUGAGGAACAAAAGGAAUAUUUUAUACCCAUAAGAAUAAGCGAUUCCGGCCAACCGAAGCGAAGUAUGGUGAGCAUUUUACAUCUGAUUAUUGGCGAUGACAAUGACAAUGCGAUGUCGGAAGGUUCAUCGCGCAUAUUCAUAUACAAUUACAAAGGUGAAGCGCCCGACACUGAUGUGGGGCGCGUUUUUGUCGAUGAUCCCGACGAUUGGGAUCUCGAAGACAAGGAAUUCCGUUGGAAGAAUGGCAUACCACACGAUAAUUUCCGUUUGAAUCCCAGUACUGGCAUGAUCACUAUGCUUGAACGUACACAAGAAGGUGAAUAUCUGCUUGAGUUCGUUGUUACCGAAGAAUCGACCUUUAUUCCGCGCCACUCGGUGGACGCCGAUGUCACAAUUAUUGUACGCGAAUUGCCCGAAGAAGCGGUCGAUAAGAGCGGCAGCAUACGCUUCUUCAACAUUACCAAGGAACAAUUCAUUGCAGUGGCGCGCGACGCGCAAGCCGACGAUUCACUUUCACUAAAAGAUCGUCUUCAAUAUUCGCUUGCCAAAUUAUUCAAUACAUCUGUCACCAAUGUAGAUGUCUUUACGGUGCUUCAAAAUACCAACAAUACCUUGGAUGUGCGCUAUUCAGCACAUGGUUCACCCUACUAUGCGCCAGAGAAGUUGAAUGGCAUCGUGGCACAGCAUCAGCAGAUGCUCGAAAAGGAGUUGGGCCUGCAAAUGCUUAUGGUGAAUAUUGACGAAUGUCUCAUCGAGCGGCAUAAAUGCGAAUCAUCGUGCAUGAACACGCUGCAUAAGUCAAACAUACCCUACAUGAUCUACUCAAAUACUUCGUCAUUUGUGGGCGUGACGGCCUUCAUUGAGUGGCAUUGCGUUUGUGAGGCGCGCAUAAGCACUUACUGCCUCAAUGGCGGCACACCGCGCAUAGGUGAGAACGACAUGUGCGACUGCAUUGACGGCUUUACGGGUCCACACUGCGAAUUGGUCUCUGUUGGUUUCUAUGGCAAUGGCUACGCAUUCUAUGAACCCAUUUCGCCGUGCGAGAAUACGAAAAUAAGCCUCGAAGUGGCGCCUCAAACCGAUCAAGGCUUAAUUAUGUACUUAGGUCCGUUAAACUAUAACCCACUACUGCCACUAUCCGAUUUCUUGUCAUUAGAGUUAGUCAAAGGUUAUCCCACACUGACGGUGGACUAUGGCUCGGGUGCCAUACGUAUCGAACAUCGCCACAUCCAAUUGCAGGUAGGCAAAUCCUAUCAACUAGACAUUAUACUACAAAAGGCCAGCAUUGAAAUGACAGUGGACAAUUGCCGACUAUCUACUUGCAUGAGUUUGGGUGCGCCGCAAGGCCCCAACGAAUUUCUAAAUGUUAAUGCACCGCUGCAACUGGGCGGCACACCAGUGGAUCUACUGCAACUCGGCUACAGACUAAACUGGACCUACACGCCGAGCAGGCAAGGUUUCUUUGGCUGCAUACGAAAUCUCACGAUCAAUAAUCACACCUAUAACUUGGGUGCGCCUGCAAUAUCGCGCAACAUCGAUUCGGGUUGUCAGCGCGCCGUUGCUGUGGCGGUGAGUUUUGGGAUCGAUCGAAAUUUCAUCAUUGCGAUUGUGGCCUGUAUAAUGCUGCUGCUCAUUAUUUUAUUGGCUGUGGUUGUGCAAAAGAAACAGAAGAAUGGCUGGCAUGAAAAAGACAUCGAUGAUAUACGCGAAACGAUAAUCAACUAUGAGGAUGAGGGCGGCGGCGAGCGGGAUACUGACUAUGAUCUCAAUGUGUUGCGCACACAGCCCUUCUACGAGGAGAAGCUCUACAAAGAUCCGCAUGCGUUGCAAGCGAUCAAAGACCCAAAUAAUGAGAUACCCGACAUAGGUGGCUUUUUGGGUGAUAAAAAGGAGAAUUGCGAUCGGGAGGCGGGCACGUAUCCGGUGGACGAUGUGCGACACUACGCGUACGAAGGUGAUGGCAACUCGGACGGCAGUCUUUCGAGUCUGGCGUCCUGCACUGAUGAUGGCGAUCUCAAUUUUGACUAUUUGUCGAAUUUCGGACCACGAUUCCGCAAAUUGGCCGAUAUGUAUGGCGAAGAACCUUCCGACACGGACUCAAAUGUGGAUGACGAACAAGGUUGGCGCAUAUAAAACUAAAACUAGAACUAAAUUAAAACCGGAAUACAAAUUUUCCAAUGACAUUUCAUGCAGAAUGUAAAAGACUUUAAAAUUAAGCGCAUAUUUAUACAUACGAGUAUAGUAGAUGUACAUACAUAUGUAUGCAAAUGAAUGUGUGUGCGUGUGUGUGUGGGUGUGUCGGAUGGUGGAGAGACGCUUGAUUGGGUUCCAAUAAAUGCCGUACACAACUCAUACACACACACACAUAAGCGCUCGUUUUAAUUUAAAUUAAUUUAAUUUAAUUAAAUUUUUUUAUUGUAUUACUAAUAAUUUAAUGCGAAAACAAGUGAUGAACAUAACUGUAAGACAUGAAAAAAUUGAAUGUAGAGAUGCGUAGAGAGAAAAAAAAUAAUAAUAAAAAACUACCGAACAAACUAUGUAUAUUUGUAGUGGAACCAUGAUGACUGCUAUUUUUGAAUAAAUAUGUUGUGGACAAGUCAUGCGCUACAGAUGUGCGAUUAUAUUCCACGAAGGAAAUCGAAGUAUGCAAAACUAAAACUAAAAAUGCAAAAAAACAAAAAAGCAAAACUAAGAGAAAAUAAAUAAAAAACAUGUGUUAAUUUAUUGAAUCAAACACGAAACGCGCAUUUAGUUGUCUUUAUUAUUAUUAUAAUUAUUAUUAUUGUAAUAUUCCUUUUUAUUUUAUUCCUGUUCUAACGUACGAAAGUACUUCCAUUACAUUCAAAGUAUUUAAGUAUUCAAAAGUAAUGACGAAAUCGUAAUUUAAAGCAAACUAAGUAACUUAAAAAGGCAAUAAAUAUAAAAAAGAAACUAAGAUCGCUAGGAUCUGUAGGAAAAUCUUCCUUUCCACUUAAUUUACAAAAAACCUACUACAUAGCCAGCUAGUAGCUGGGCAGCGAGCUGUAAUAUUGAGUUACAAAUGAAUAAUUUACUGUUGUUUAAUUAAAUGUUACACAUACAUGCAUACAUUUAGUAUAUAUGAAUAACUGUAAGUGAUAAGUGAGCAUUUUAAUAUUAUAUAUUUUUUAACUGUGUGGUCCCCAUUUACACCCCGGCAAGUAGACACUAUGACGUGGCCGUAAAUGUAAUGUAGUAUUUUUUUCCAAGCGAUCUAAAAUAGUAAUAAAACGCGAAAUGCCACUUGUAGUUAUAAUAAUUACAAAAAAAAAACAAAAAAAUUAAAGUCUAGAUGCGAAUAUUUGUUUAUAGGCACC